ACCACUCAAAGUCCACCUGCACCGAACCAUCAACCAUCCAGCAUCAACCACCAUACCUCCCCAUCACACCCCUCCUCCACUCACAUCUCCCAUCUCCCAUCCUCAUCUCCUCCACUCACAUCUCCCAUCCUCAUCUCCUCCCCAACCCUCAUUCCCUGGUCUUGCAUUGCGCCUCCGAGGCCGUAAUGUGGUAGUGCAGACGUUGCACCCUUGACACGAUUUAGUCCGCAGUGGCAGUGGUGGUGUGCGUUGCGUUGCGCUGCGCUGCGUUGCGUGAGGCCUGGAACUGGAACUGGAACUGGAUUCGGUUGACGGACUUGACGGUCUGCGCCGCUGCCUGUGCCUGUGCCUGUGCCUGUGCUCCUCUUUCUCGCCUGAGCCGACUCGAGUUCCAUGUUACCUCGACCAAACUUCCUCGUCGUACCAACCUAAUUGAUCUCUCCCACAACCUCCUCAACACCUCGAAUUGAGGAGAGUGUGAAUUUCCCUUCCGAAACACUCGUGCGCGAUCAUUCGGGUCCCGUCAACUCAUCAUCGUUGGCCUCAAUUCCUAUUCCACCAUCCUCCAUCUCUUCACCACAGCCGAUGCAUCGCGGCUUCGCACACCUGCAAUCCUCGACCUCGACGAUCCUUUCCCCAUCCCCUCAAAAAGAAAUAUCCACAUUCCAGACCCCCGUGAAUUCCACGAUUGCGAUAGCAUUCCCUCGACCCGUUUGCGAUUUGGAAUUUCUAGAAAUCCCUCCCUCAGACACCACUGCAUUUCCGUGACGGCAUUGUGACUCGUCUGAAAAACUUGCGCUCCACACCCCAGUGCGACGAGGGACUUUUUUCAUCCGGAUCGCAUCGUGGUCCUUUGUUGGGAAGGAAUUGUUGACGAAAGAGAUUGGCCGAUCUGGGACCUUGGGCGGCGAGAGGGCGAUAGGCAUCCUGCGCCGCCGUGCGCGAAGCGAUAAUGGAAUAUGCUGCGUGUAAUGUGGUGUACGUGGAUCGCACAGCUCAGGAAGAGAGGCUGGUGAAGAGACACGAUACGCCAACAACAAAUCCGGCCAUCAGCGUGCAAGAUCACGACGAAGGGAAUGCGACGGUGCCUAACCUCGUAGACGGCGAUUUAAAAACACUGUUAGGGACAUUUAGCGAAGGUACUACUGCCAUUUUCCGCGUUGACGCAUCUUAACCACUAACAAAACGUAGUCCAUGUAUGUACGACGGGCAAGUCCUGUAUGUCAAAAUUGUCCGAAUUAAACCAGUCUUCGAUUGUCGAAUUAAUACCCACGCUUGUCUUGAUUGAUAUCCCAUACGAAGAUCAAUCAGGAAGCAAGAGACCAUCGAGAGAGGUUCGAACACCUUCGCCCAAUUCGAGGGAUCAAUCAGAGCCACGAUAUGAGGCACACGUGGAUGCGGACGAUGAGGAGUACGGGCUGGGCUUGUUACAAUGGAUAGCCUCAGAAAUACAAUAUCAAAGCCUUUCGAAGCUUAUUGUUCCAGUGGCGUUAGUUACAGUUCCGGACCAUGAAGAAGAAAGAGGGCGAACUGGUUCGCGAGAUUCAAGAUCAGGUGAGCAUCUCAGUCUGGAUCCUUUCGCGUCGGUCCCGAAGAAGCGCAAGCCAACCGCCACUCUGGACCAAGGGCGAACGAUGAAGUAUCUUGAUGCUGGAGCCGUAGAUGUAUUAACGAGUCCUCUAUUACCGGACCGGUUGCCUAGUCUUGCUAUCCAUGCUUAUCGAGCUCAUAAGGAUGCUUCCAAAGAACACAGGGCGCUGUUGGAAUUGAAGAGGGGAAGAAAAAGAUCAUGGGUCGGUGUAGAUGACCAAAAACCAUAUGCAUAUUUAAGAGAAGCCAUGGUUUCGGGCCUCAUGGAUGGAAUAUGCAAACUUGGAGGAGAGGAUGAACCAUUUAGCUACAACAGAAUAACGGUAGCCUUGGAUCGACGGGAGAAGAUUGCUUCAGCUAUUGGGACUUGGUCUUUUUCUGCACACGACUUUACCGACGAUGAGCUACUUCAUGCCGCUUUACUAAUGCUACAACAUGCCCUUACGAUGCCAGAAUUAGAGAGGUGGCGGAUAUCGACGGGUAAGUGAGCUCCUUUUGGUGGUUGUGUUUCGGAUAAUAUGUGCGAUGCAUAUGCUGACACCCGACGCAGAAAAUCUCACUGCUUUCCUAGUGGCAAGUCGAUCGGCGUACAAUGCCUUUGUCCCGUAUCACAAUUUCCGCCAUGUCGUUGAUGUCUUACAAGCCAUCUUCUACUUUCUGGUAGCGCUGGGGAGGUUACCACCAUUCCCAGAUUACAACGCUCACGACCAAGAAGAACCUUCGCCUAUUGCGGCUCUCAUCAGACCGUUUGACGCGCUCACAUUGUUGAUUACUGCUAUCGGUCACGAUGUUGGGCAUCCCGGUGUCAACAACGCCUUCCUCGUUACUCUUAAUGCGCCUCUGGCUCAACUUUACAAUGAUAGGUCGGUCUUGGAGUCGUUUCAUUGUGCUGCGUAUUCGCAGAUUUUGAGACGUCACUGGCCCAUAGCUUUCCAAGGAACCGAGAUGAGACAACUGAUGAUUAACUCGAUCCUAGCUACCGACAUGGGACUGCACUUUGACUACAUGAAAAAGAUGGGCUGGAUGCAAGAGAAACUUCAUGAAAACGGCGGGACUGAUGGAUGGGAUGGUAGGCUCAUCGAUGAUCAACGAACACUAGCAUGUUCCCUCCUGAUCAAGUGUGCUGAUAUUAGCAAUGUGGUAUGUUUUACAGCAAUCUCAUAAUGAUAAUUAUCACUCACAUUUAUAGGCUCGGCGGUACGAUGUCGCGGCUCAAUGGACGAGGAUAUUGACCGACGAAUUUGCUCGACAAGCUACCAUGGAAUCAGAUCUCGGUAUUCCGUCUGCCCUUUUUGCGGCACCCGUUCGGGAAAUUGUGGAACUUGGAAAAUCCCAAAUCGGCUUCAUGAACAUGUUUGCUAUUCCAUUGUUUCAGGGUGUCACCGAUGUUAUGCCAGCAAUGACAUUUUGUAUGGAGGAACUACAUAACAAUCAAGCCAUGUGGAGCAGAAAGAUUUCGGAAGAGCAAGCAAGAAUAAGGAAGGAUAGCGAAGAUUCGGUCAUGACUGACGGUGUAUUUUCUCCACGAUCAAUGAGCGUGGCGCAGCCCUCAGAUUCUUCUCUUCACAGAAGAUCAAUAGGUAACGCCACGCUCUUACCAUCGGACGCCGAUUUCAGAAAGGGGCUCUCGAAGAAUCUCUUUGCUCCAACAAAUGGCGUUUUGAGCGAAUCUCCUGAUUCUGAGGAAGCGCCUCACUACUUGAUACCGAACUUUUCAAGACCUGGGAGCAUGUCGAAUAGGGAUUCUGGCGCGGGCUCACAGGACACCAUCGAACCGCCACCCUCACAAGUACAGCUAAGCUAUGUCACCGCCAGUACUUCUGGGUUCGUUGACUACUCGAGCCAUGGACCAGAUGUCCUACGGAAUGGUACACACGUCAAUGGUGUAACACCAUCACUGAUAACAGACCCGGUGGUGAUAGAUCCUCCUACGCCUGAAGAAGCCAAGCAUAUAUCUUUACAAGAACACGAAAAACAACGUAGUAUGGAUGGAACGGAAGCAGGUAGCUCUGCUGCAGGGGAUUGGGCGAGCCAAGCAACAAGUGCAACCACCAGCAAAAUGCCUUUAUCACCAAGUACGCAAGGUACGAGCAUCACAAGUCAGGAUUCCGUUGAAAAGGCGUCGCUUAGUCAAACGCCUACAGGAAGUCCAGUAAGGUAUCGAAGGAAUGAAAGUUCCGUUUCUGAUCUUGACGGCGUCGCUCCCGAAACGCCAGAAGGCAAGAGUGGUCUGGUCAUGGAAAAGGUGAAAAGUUUGAAGAAGAAACCGAGUCGAUUUCGAAUGGACAAACUCAAUUUUUGGAGACGAAGCAAGAGUGCGAGUCCACCUGUACCAGUACCCGACCCACCACGAAAUCAUCGACGGACUGGUAGCCAGGAAGAAAAUGCCCCUCGAGCCUCCGAUCACUGUUGAAACUCGCGCAUCUUCACGAUACAUGGGUGAUCUUAUCACCACAUAGGAAGUAUUUAUUCAAGUUUUCCCACUGAAAAAGUGGUCAAACGAUGGAUAUUGUAGGAUUAUUUUGCUUGCUUGCCAGGGAUAUUCUUGGAUGGUUCUUCUAGAUCAUACCAACUUUCUGCCUUGGCUUGCAUUUGUAUAUUGUACACAACAUACGAAAGAAAGGAAACACAAACAUUUUGGUUGGCAAGAAAAUGAGAGGAUGUGCGAUACCCCCCUUCGGAUUUCUUUUACCGGUUUGGCUUGGCUAGGCUCAUUUUGUUAUUAUUUUGGCUGGACCCCUUGCGUGGCAUGCUACAUUGGCGUUUUUUUUACAUCUUGGGAACACACUUUGAUCCUUUUUGGGAACAUUCUACUUUCUCUCGGGUUUCCUAAGGGAGGAGCCUGCGUGGCAUAGGGAGGGACCGACGGAAAAUCUUUUUUUCCCUGGCUAUUAUUGUUUAAUUCGUUCCGACAUACGCCUGGAGGAGCAGGAUGCUGGGUUUGGCGUUGAUCUUUUGGGUUGAUAUCAGG